CUUUAGAGCUUUCUUUACAUUUUCCAGAUUUUUAUUUUCGUGUUUUUCUUCUUGUUACUCUGAUGUUCCAUAAAGAUAAACUCAAGUUUCUUUGAUGAUGAUAUUUGCGACGCUCAGCGUUUUCCUGUCCGUCCAUUCUUCCUUCCUUGAGAAGCUUCAACAACGGUGGCACGCCUCCUUCUUCGAUGAUGAGUUUCCCGUAACGGUCGUUGUCGCGAGCAAGGGAGACGAGGGAAGCGGCUGCGUCGGAACGUUCGUCCAAGGAAGCACCGGAGAGAAGAAUGGCGACCUGUUCCCAGAUGAGGCAGAGAAUGGGCUCGUUGGCGGCGAUGGGAGGGAGGCCCAGGUACUCGUCGUAGCGCUCGUCGGCGGAGGCACGUGGGACGCUCGUAGAGGUCGUUGCUGUUCCUGGCGGCCUGGCGGAGGAGGCCCGCCAACUUCUCAGUUUUGGAUUUCAGCUCCAGACAUUCCUGUCGGAAAUUCUGGUCCUCUUCCGCAAGCUUCGAAACCUGGUCCGCCAUUUGUAUCGGGCUCGCCAGGACCUCCUUGACGAUGCUCGACAUGUUUGCAGCGGACCCUCGCUAGGCUAUUUCGGAUUGAUUAAUGAUUGGAUUAUAUUGUUGGAGAUUAUUGUUCCUGUCUUAAAUCAAAGGUUAUUAUGGCGUGCUUGGGUUGAUUUGUGGGACAUGGAGGGGAGAGGCUGACGGUGAGGGUGGCGCCGCCGGAGAGAAGUGAGAGAGAAUUAAUAUGGGAAUUGGGAAGAAAGAGAAAGAGAGAAGACAAGCCUAAAUUAGGAAAAGUAAGAAAAAAGAAAAUAAAUAAAAUAAAAAAGAAAGAAAAUUUUGAACCAUUGAUUUAAAAUCAAUAAAAUUUAACGAUUGUGAUUGCAUCGUAAUAACUUUCGCACGGUGGAUAAUGAGUUUCACUUACGCACCUGGUCUUCGCAGUUGGUUUAACGUUUAUUUAAACGGGCAUACAUUUUCAUGUAAGUUUUGUAAGAAGUAAUAAUUUGUAAUUUUUUAUUCAACGACCA